AUGUGCUGGAACUUGAACUACAAUUUUUAUUUUUAUUUUCCAAAAUUUCAGGUGUUCAAAGAUUGGAAUGAAUUAUUAGAUAUCGUUAUUAAAACAGGUGCAUGUCAGAAGCCAUGCAAGAAGAAACCUCCAGUUCCAGAAAAUUCCAGCAAGCAACGAAAUGCCAGGCCAGAAAACAGCAAGCGGAGGAGGGUGAUAUACAUAGUGCCAGGAGUACGAGCCCUUGACUCCAUGGAUGAGGUCGCGCCAAAGAACAGCAAAGAUCAAGCUAUGUGCAAAAGCAAGGCAUCGGAUGACGUUCAGUGA